UACAGCUGCGGACCGGUUGGGCGAGCAGCGCGCAAGCGCCAGCGGCUGGUGCGCGCGGCGCGAUUGAUGCCAGGGUGUGUUGCUGAGGAGACCGGGCAGUCACUUCUAUCUCCACCAUGGCAGCCCUGCGGUACGCGGGCCUGGACGACACGGACAGCGAGGAUGAGCUGCCCCCGGGCUGGGAGGAGAGAACCACCAAGGACGGCUGGGUGUACUACGCCAAUCACACCGAGGAAAAGACCCAGUGGGAACAUCCGAAAACGGGCAAAAGAAAACGAGUCGCAGGAGAUUUACCAUAUGGAUGGGAGCAAGAGACCGAUGAGAACGGACAAGUGUUUUUUGUUGACCACAUAAAUAAAAGAACUACCUACUUGGAUCCAAGAUUGGCAUUUACUGUGGAUGAUAAUCCGACAAAGCCAACCACCAGACAGAGAUACGACGGUAGCACGACCGCCAUGGAGAUCCUGCAGGGCCGGGACUUCACGGGAAAGGUGGUCCUGGUUACCGGAGCGAAUUCAGGAAUAGGGUUCGAAACCGCCAAGUCCUUUGCCCUCCACGGUGCGCACGUGAUUCUGGCCUGUAGGAACAUGGGCAGAGCCAACGAAGCCGUGACCCGCAUUCUGGAGGAGUGGCACAAAGCCAAGGUGGAAGCAAUGACUCUGGAUCUGGCUGUGCUCCAUAGCGUGCAGCAUUUUGCUGAAGCAUUCAAGGCCAAGAAUGUGUCUCUGCAUGUGCUUGUGUGUAAUGCGGCGGGUUUUGGCUUGCCCUGGAGCCUCACAAAAGAUGGCCUGGAGACGACCUUCCAGGUGAAUCACCUGGGACACUUCUACCUUGUCCAGCUCCUGCAGGACGUUCUGUGUCGCUCAGCCCCUGCCCGUGUCGUCGUGGUGUCGUCCGAGUCCCACAGAUUUACGGAUAUUAACAAUUCCUCCAGGAAACUAGACCUCAGCUAUCUGUCUCCAUCAAAGAGUGACUACUGGGCUAUGCUGGCUUAUAACAGAUCCAAACUCUGCAACCUCCUCUUCUCCAGCGAGCUGCACCGCCGCCUCUCCCCACGCGGGGUUACAUCCAAUGCAGUGCACCCUGGGAACAUGAUGUUCUCAUCCAUUCAUCGCAGCUCGUGGGUGUACACGCUGCUGUUCACCUUGGCCCGGCCAUUCACCAAGUCCAUGCAACAGGGAGCUGCUACCACUGUCUACUGUGCAGCUGCCCCGGAGCUGGAGGGCCUUGGAGGGAUGUAUUUCAACAACUGCUGCCGUUGCCUGCCAUCCGAGGAGGCACAGAAUGAGGAGACAGCCCGGGCCCUGUGGGAACUCAGCGAGAGGCUCAUCCAGGAGCGACUGGGCAGUCCCUCCAGCUAAUCAGAGCCCCGUGAUGUUGGGCAAAUCCCCACCCGUGCUCUGACCCUCAUCACUGUCAACCCCAUCAUCCUGGGGUGCCCUGACCUUCCAGUACAGAACAAUGAGAAUAAAAGAAACAAGAGCAGCUGUAAUCAAUGGGGAAAGAUUGAGCAUCAAUGGGAAGCAGGGAAUUUCAAGGAACAAUGUUCCCUUUCUAGGAUAGGGCUAGUCACGGGUCUGCUUGCUUUUCUGGUGGUGGCCUGCUUGAAAGUGGAAGCAUGGUUAGCAUGUUCCUUUGCUCAUUGUAGAAGCAGGUGUGACUCUCUAUUACCCUUAGAAUAGCCUGAUAUCCUCUUGACCCUCCCAAGCACCACCACUGCCACCUCUGCCACCGGAGGCCGGCUUUCUCCCAUUGAGGGAAGAAAAUGUUUUCAUGUUCAUCUCCCCAUGCUGAAUUCAGACCUGGAAGGCAUCUCAUACUGCCCUACAAAAUCUGAACAGGUUUGGCAGCUUUGAGAGAAACUCAGUACCUUGUCCCAACAGAACCAAUGCAAUGGUGCCAUUAGAGGGGAACUGAGUCGGUGGGUCCCGAAAGCACUGUCCUCCUUGCCAAAGUUACACAAGCAAUUCCUUAGAGAUUAUAACAAAUACGUUUUGCAAAUCAUUCCAUAGAUACACAGAUGGGCAAGCAAAGAAGCAAGGUGUCCUUCAGAUACACGGGAUAUUCUUGAAGUGGGAAAUAGAAGUCGCUCUCUUCAUUCUUCACGCACAGUUCCAAGAACAAGCCUCUUAGUGAAUGUCGUAACUCCUCAGUCCUUCUGAGUGAGCAUCUAGCUUCCGCUUCCCCUGGUCCCUCCCAUCCUAUGCUUAAUAAAAGAACAUGCUUGAC